ACUUCCUGUUUCACCUCAGUAACUUUUUGAAGUCCAGACAGAAGCAGCGGAUCCGAGGAGUCAACACUGGAAAUGGCGUCUGUCAGCGAAACUUGUGCGAAACGAGGACUACUCUUUACGAACUAGAUCCGGACUCAUUUCCCGAAGAGUCCCAGGAAAGCAGGAGCUCUGUCCCCGGCCCCCUGUGCCCGGCGCCCCGCAGCAUCACCCGCACCAUGCCCGAGGUGUCGAAGAUGAAGAAGCCCGACGUGAAGGUGGUCCUCCUGGGGGACAUGAACGUGGGGAAGACGUCGCUUCUCCACAGGUACACGGAGAGGAAGUUUAAAGACACCGUGAGCACCGUCGGAGGGGCGUUCUUCCUCAAGCAGUGGGGGCCCUACAACAUCUCCAUAUGGGACACCGCCGGUCGUGAACAGUUCCACGGGUUGGGCUCCAUGUACUGCAGAGGUGCGUCAGCUGUCAUCCUCACCUACGAUGUCACCAACUGGCAAAGCUUGGCUGAGCUGGAGGAGCGCUUCCUGUCCCUGACCGACACCGCUAACCAGGACUGCAUUUACGCCAUAGUGGGCAACAAGGCUGACCUCACAGACCCUAAAGCCCACGACUCAAUCGGAGUGUCGGAGGAUCAAACCCAGUGUGAGGAGGGAAGGACAGAACCACAGAUUCUGUCCUCGUGCCCGACACCCCCGGCCUCUCCUGAGUCCCUCUCCGGGCUGAUCCUACACAAACAGGUCGCCCACGAGGACGCGGUGGCUUUCUAUGGGAGAAUACUGCGCUACAAGGGCCUGGAGGACAAGAGCAGCCUGCCUCCGGAGAAGAUGUGCUUCGAGACGAGUGCCAAGACAGGCUACAAUGUGGACGCAUUGUUCGAGACACUGUUUGAUCUGGUGCUGCCCUCCAUCCUGAGGAAGAGAAACGAGAACCAGGAGUCUCCCACAGUGGACCUGGAGGUGUGCAGGGGGGCAGGCGGCAGGCGGGCCAGAUCCACCUGCUGCUAGAAUCUGCCUGGAAGAGGCGGAGAGGCGGCCACAAGCAGAGACUUGUUUUUAGCAAAAGACAAUCAACACGUUGGUCUAAGCACCAAAUACUUACUGUGAUGGUACCAAUGAUUUGCCUUGAUUAAGACCCAAACACUUACACACACAAACACACACACUGUGGUGCUAUGAAGAUGGUCCGAAAAGUUCAGUGUCCUGAGACAUUUCCUUAUUAAAUAUUGGAAAUUAAAGCGUUUCCUCAUCACUCUGUGCUUUUUGAAACCUUCCACACUAACGACUGAAACUGCACUUGUAUCCCAAAGAUGUGCCUGUGGGCAAAUAAUGCACAUGAGUCAAUCACUGCUAUUUUUGAUUAAAAUUGAAAUUUAACAGCACUAAUUGUUAGUUUGGUGGCACAUUUCACUGUUUUUGUUAGAGUUGAGCUGAAGGGGUUUAUUGAUAAAUCACAAAGUCUUUUAUUUACUGAUCUUUAUAUUUUAUAGCCACUUUUGGAACUUUUUCAAUGAGUGUAAAAAUCCCAGUUGAAUUUUUACCUAUGCUGUCGUAAUAAAGAUUUUUAUUUUGCA